GCCCGCUCUCCAGUAGCGGCUAGCAACAGGCGGCCGGGAGGAGGAGGAGGGGGCGCCGCAGCCUCAUAUUACCGCUGUUUACACGGCUGGAGCGCUGCCACCGAGCACAUGCUGCUUCCCAACAAUCCCCGCGGGCGCCGAUUGGUCGGAGCUGUAACCCGAGCUGCCGCCUCGCAUGCUGCCUGAAGCCCUCACAAAGGAUCCAGCCCGGUGACUCCCGGACACCUCAGCCAUGGGCUCCAUACUGAGCAGCGACAGAGACCAUAAAGCUGUCACUGUGGAAGACCCCAACCAGAGCUACGACUGCGCCGUGUGCCUGGAGGUGCUGAACCGGCCGAUGAGGACACGCUGCGGCCAUGUGUUUUGUCACACGUGUAUAAAAGCUAGCCUGAGGAAUAACGCUUAUGCGUGCCCUUACUGCCGAGCUCACCUAUCAUCAGAAGGGACGCUCGCUGUGGACAUCAUGAAGAAGAUGAAAACUGUAUUUCAGAAUUGUGAGGAAUGUGAAGAAAAGAUAUGCCUGAGUGAAAUGAGAGCGCACUUAAAUAUGUGUCAGCAGUAUAUUAAAAAGUAUGGACCGCUUGAAGAAUUAGGCAGGACCAUGUCCAGAGAAGACACGUAUGCUUGUCCUUUCUGUCCUGUACAUCUAGAGGAAGACGGCCUCAUACAGCACUGCUUCACCUAUCACUCUUCAGAGAGCCGGCUGGUGAGAUGUCCGAUCUGUCACCUGAUGCCAGGAGGAGACUCCAGUUACAACUCAAGUUUCCUCAAGCAUCUUCAUGCCAGACACUCAAUAUACUAUGAAAACUACAUUGAUAUAAACAUAGUGGAAGAGGCACUUAUUGAAAGAGUCCUAGAUCUUUCUUUGAUCCACUUCAUGAGACAUUCCAACCGCUCCUAAGCGUAUUCAGUAUGGUGUGUAGAAGAACUGCUGAUGUACUUUUCUGGUUUACAGAUGAAGACUACUUUCAAAAUAUGGUGUGGUUGAAAGAGACUUAAGCAUAAAACAUGCGGUAUCAUAGGUAACUGAUGAGUGAAUUCUUACUCUUCUGGAUCUGCUAUAUGGCUGGUGCUGGAAAGUAGCAGGAGAUGAGAGUAUCUCUCCAGGUGUUGAGGAACUACAAGUAUGCUUAAUUGGAUUGGUGACUUGUAGUUGCACAACACCUGAAUAUCCACAGUUUUAGGGUCCAUUCACACGUCCGCAAAAUGGGUCUGCAUCCGUUCCACAAUUUUGCGGAACAGGUGCAGACC